GGUCGCUAGGCAUGAUGGGUAAGCGAAGAGCAAGGACAUAAAAACUCUGCGUAARGGGAAAAAAGUUUAGUCCAAAAAAUACAAAAUUGUAGCGAGAACUACAGUUAUUUAACCCCUUAUAAAACAUGUACAGCUGAAGACAMGCAUUUGGACUUUAACUUUAACCUGUUCAAUGGAUCCUGGAGUUAUUUUGCUGUUCGUAUGGACAUGUUUUUUGGCCGUGUUUUCAAGCGGUGUUGCCGAAGUUUACACCAACACAUGGGUGGUCUAUACGGAUAAAGGCAAAGAAURUGUCGAUGAAAUAGCAGAAAAAAAUGGGUUUAUUAAUCAUGGACAGCAGGGAGGACUCGAAGGGUACUAUUUGCUUGAGCAUAAAAACUUAGCAAGGCGGACGAGGCGGAGUUUGCAUAGACAUACGACGGAUUUUUUACAAGAGACUCACAUCAAAUAUGCUGAACAACAGAAGGUGCUUCGGCGACAGAAGCGAGAAGCUUUCAACGAUCCUUAUUAUUCCGACCAGUGGUACCUACACAACACAGGUCAAACACCAGGYCCAAAGGGCCUAGACAUCAACAUAUUACCAGUGUGGAAAAAGAAUAUAACUGGCAAAAAUGUAGUAGUUACAAUAUUAGAUGAUGGAAUAGAAUACACACACCCAGAUUUAAAAGAUAACUAUGAAGCCUCGGCAAGCUGGGAUUUUAAUAGUCAGGAUAGUGAUCCCUUGCCAAGAUAUAGCAGGGAUAAUAUUAAUAAACAUGGCACUAGGAUGGUGAUGUAACAGACGCCGUGGAAGGAGCAUCAUUAUCACUCAAAACCAAUUUUAUUGACAUAUAUAGUAGUAGCUGGGGUCCUGAUGAUGAUGGCAGGACAGUAGAUGGCCCUGGUACUGUUGCUAAAAAAGCCUUCAGACAAGGGAUCAGCAAAGGACGUAAAGGUCUUGGUUCCAUCUUUGUAUGGGCAACAGGCAAUGGUGGYAAAUUUAAGGAUUACUGUAAUUGUGAUGGCUACAUAACCAGUAUAUACACCAUCGCCAUUGGAGCUGUCGAUGACCAUGGCAAAUCACCCUGGUAUUCCGAACCAUGCCCAUCCACACUUGCCGUCACAUACAGUAGUGGAGCUGCAAAUGGAAAGGUUCCUGACCUUAAGAUUGUAACAACAGAUAUACAUCACAAGUGUACUAAAGAUCACAGUGGAACUUCAGCUGCUGCUCCUCUUGCUGCUGGAAUAUUUGCCCUGGUUCUCGAGGCCAAUCCCAAACUCACCUGGCGAGACCUGCAACACCUWGUAGUCAAUACCUCYAAGAAGAACGACCCAGAUGACYCUGAGUGGAUCAUCAAUGGUGCAGGACAUCAUGUUAACAACAAGUAUGGAUUUGGUGUUCUUGAUGCUGCAGCGUUAGUAGACCUAGCCACCCAUCCCAAAUGGAAAACMGCUAACAAACAGCAUGUUUGUAGAGAGUUAGGCGACAUUAGUGACAAAGUAAUCCCAAGAAAGGGAACAUUUACAUCUUCUUUGUAUUCCAAUGGAUGUAUGGGAAAAACCAACAAAAUCACAAGAUUGGAACAUGUACGAGUGUAUAUAACUCUCAGCCAUCCACGYAGGGGGGCGCUGAGUAUAACAUUGAUAUCACCAUCGGGUACAAGGUCUGAACUUUUAAAGCAAAGACAGGAGGAUUACUCAAGYGAUGGAUUCCAAAACUGGCCAUUCAUGACAGUCUUCUCUUGGGGAGAGAAUCCUCGGGGAAUCUGGACGAUCCAAGUUACUGACCAUGGUAACUACCAGGGACAAUUUAAGAGAUGGUCUCUAAGGCUGUACGGCUCGUCUGUGGAAGUCAACAAAAAUAUCACAGACAYUGAAAAACAAAGCUGUCAGAAGCACUGUAAAGUCAACUGUCCUAAUGAGCCAUUUGCUUAUGUCUGUAAUAAUUGUUCACUGUAUUGUCAAUGUGAGACGGGAGAGUGCGUAUCACUAUGUGACGAGGAUGACGAGGUUGAUGAAAAAGCCAAACAUUGCUURCCUGCCAAGACUUUAACCAUGGACGAUAAAGAAACUUGUUCAAAGAAUUGUCCUAGAAAAUGUCCCUCUAAUAAGUAUUGUAAUUGUCAUAAUGGACAUUGCAUGAGUAUUUGUGGCAGUGGAAACAAAGUCGAUGAGAAGCUAAAACAUUGUUUACCGCCAGCUGGCAGUCAUUCUGGAGACAAUGACGAAGAGUACAGCACAGGAGAGCUAUCUACAUUCGUCAAGUGGUUGAUAAUAUUCAGUUUACUUGCAAUUCUCUUGGCUACGGUACUUGUAAUGUAUUUGUUUAAAGCRAGUGGGAGGUUUUGUUGGGCAAGACCAGACAUAAACAAGAAAAGUGUACAACGAAAUGUUAGUUAUGCACCGGUGUCUCUGAAUAAUCCUGAGGGRCACAAUGUUACCAUAUUGGAACAAGAACAACAGAGUCUAGUACUUUGAAGCAGYCACUUGAUGGAGAUUAUACUGCUUUGAUGUUAUAUUUAUGUAUAUGUUUUGUUCAAUUAUAUGAAUCACCCACGUUCCAGGUUUUAYUGCACACCUUUUUAGUUCUGACACGUUUUAUACAACCACUUCACUACAGUGACAAUAGGCCAUUGGCAACAAACAGUCCCAUAUCGCUUUGAUAACGAAUUAUUUCAGCCAAAGGUCCCUUGGGAAGGCUCUGCCGGAUGGCAAACAAACGUUAACAUGCUUCGUAUCUUGAAAUCGAAAUUAUAAUAUAAGGUUAAAAGGGUAUUUUGAAAAAUUUUGUUUGGAUAUGACAUUAGUAAUCCAGCAAAGUUAUUUAAACAAAGAAAGUCAAAAUUCAGUUUUUGCCAUCCAGUAAAAUUCAUGUGAUUAUUUCAUGCAAAUGGCCUAUCCAGACCUAUUUAAGGAUCUGUUUAUGUGAGGGUAGAGUUUUCUGAAUCAAAAACCUGUUUGACAUUCAUAUCCAAAAGCAUUGUUGACCUAAACUAAGGACGCCCUACCUUCAUAUCAUCAGAUUCAACAUUACCACAAGUGUGUAAGGCACAAAAUCAGUUGUUAGAAAAAAUAUUUAGGUCGGACAUUAUUUUUCAUGAACGGGAAAUCUUUAACUACAAGUCAUCUUUUUACAGUUCUGUUGGAACCAUUUGGGGGUUGUAGAAUUCUGGUACACAGCGCGCAGGAAGCGCAGUGCAUUCGGGGUUUAGUCUGGAUAUCUUGCCUAUUAUAUUUUUCAAUCUUGACCAAACAUCGUGUGUGCAGGUCAAGGGACAUUAAUUCUCCCAUAUUUACGAAAAAAGAUGGCUUGCAGUAUACAUUGAAACAAAAACUGUUACACAGAAAUGCAACUUGUCAGAGCUUAUUAAUCUGUUCUGAAACAAAAUUAUUAAGCAACCUAUGGGGACGACAAAUUAAAUAUUGGGAGUAAAAGAGAUGACUUUCUUAUUGACCUGUGAACAAAAAUAUUCUACACGAUCAACUAUAUUGCCUAAUAUACAUUUGCAUACGACCAGAAACUUUUAACUUUAUGGACAUUUUUAAAAAUGCCUUACGAAAAUCCAAUACCAACCAUUAUUUUAUAAAUUAUUUGAUAUUUUUACAARUCAGAUGUCAAUGUUGAUCUAYCGGAUYAUUGUCUUUAUUUACCUGUAAAUUUGUACAGAUGGCAGAUUUCGUAUUAGAAAUARCUUAGGGUGCUKUAACUCUAAAAUGGCUUCCCAAUUCRACCAAAUCGAAUCACCAAAGGAUAGUUACUCCGUCGAGUGUAUAUCUAAUUACAGAAUCGUCCUGUUUCUGUUUUUGUUUUUAUGAUAAGACAUGGAAGUUAAGACUGAAGAGACUUAUAGGUAAUCUCCCAAUGCGGCAUCAAUAAGAUAUAGAACAUAAUUUUCUUAAAUAUGUUGAAUUUUUGUAAUCUAUAAACAUGGAAUGUGGGCUCAACAUCCUGUUAACUCAUAAGCAUAUGAUUAUCGUAAAUAUAUUUUCCUUUAAUAGCUUCUCAACUUCUAUACUUUGUACAGUCAACUCUCAUUACAGCGGACACCCUCGGGACUGUCACUUYAUGUCCGUAAUAGCGAGCGUCCGCAAUAAYGAGAAUUAAUUACGGUCAUUUCUUUGUCAUUAUUUUUGCCGGGGAUUUUGCUCCUGUCUGUAAUAGCGAGGUGUAAGUAAUAUCAGGGUGUGCGCAAGGCRAGAGUUGACUGUAWUUUUGAACAGUUCGAUUCUGCAAUUAGAUAUACACUCGAUUGCAAAAUCCGAUCGUCGGAUUCAAAAUAUAAAACAGAGAAACUGAGACUAAGAGGUAUUCUGGGAAAUGACAAUUAUCCUUUGGUGUAUUCAUUUGAGAACACAGAUAUGACGCACGAUGUUGUGUUAGAAGCUUCCAUACUUACUGUCGGAAAAACAAUUUUCGGACAUUCCAGAAGUUGUAUCAUUAGAUACAUAUUACCAACGUACUUCCCAUUUUGGCCUCAACUUCUGUUGAUGUUUGUGGUUUGAACCGACAAUGAUUUUGUAAUAGCCGAUAUCAUAGUUACACUCUGUUGGCUUCAAACAAUCGUGCAUUUGGGUCAGUUUCUAUACAUUUAUUGCAUUUACCCAAAUGGCUCGACUUGAAACUUAAUAAAUCGAAGUCAGUUUUCUAAGUAAAUAGUUUGAAAAAGCCAUUUCAUGCGCUCGCUCAGUACGCGUGUGACGGAUGUCGUAAGCACAAGCAGGUCUAGUCUCUAAUCGACAAUGGUUCUAAGCCAAUCAGCGCCCGAGAAAUUUCCAAGUUAUGGUAAAAAAAUAAUUUUGAAGCCAAUAGAGUGUAUUUCUGGUAUGUGCUAUUGAGGGUAUAUACUUAUUUCAAUAAAGUUAGUCAUCAAAAACCUACAAAGCUGAGAUUCAUACGAAACUCUCAUUACCAAAAAGUAAAAAUUUGUAUACAAGUAGCAUUCUUUACGGUUUCUAAAAAUAGAUAUCGCAAAGCCCUGCGGGAUCGAAAUGCGGACAAACAUUGCAAAUAAAGGCUCGAUUACAUGAAAAAGAAGAAGAAUUUCAGUCGAAGAACUAUAGUUUUUACAUGAAUUGGAAACACAAGACUACAAAACAUUGUUGCAGCAUGUGCCCAUGUUCGCUGGGCUUGGCUUGUCCUCUAUUCAAGACCAUGAUGCACAAUUGUGACAUCGUCCGUGGAAAACGCUAUUGUCACUUGUCUUGAGAAAGCUCACAGGUGAAGCUGUAACUGGUAAAAGAUCCCAAGUCUAUCAUUGGUUACGAAGCAGUUAAAACAUGUAAAAUGUAUCUACAAAACUAUAAUCUUUGGCAUGGUCAGCUAUGUAGCUUUUCAGGUGACUAACUUUAUUGAAAUGGGUAUAUAAUUUAAAAUAAUUGAUGUCAUAAGGUGAAGAUGACUCAUGAGGGGGUAAACGUUCGCAUCCAUAGAUUAUUAAAUACUGAAUACUUUCAUACAAGAAA